AAAAGGAGGGGUAUGUCAGUCGGUCAGUUAAAACCAUCAUGAAUGUUACCCAAAAUAAAACAAUCAUGAAUGUUACCAACAAUAAAACCAUCAUGAAUGUUACCCAAGGUAAAAUCAUUGUGAAUGUUACCCAAAAAUAAAACCAUCGUGACUGUUCCCCCCAAAAAAAUAUUAUCACAGAUGUUACCAAAUCUACAGUUUCAAAUCAGUGAAUAAAAGUGAUUUGAAAAAUACACAGUGUACAACAGGUUGAACAUGAACCAACAAAAUAUGCAUUAGAAUCAAAUCACUGGCAUUUAAUUACAAAACAUUUAAAUAAAUAUUUGUUAUUUUUAUUCUCAGCAUGCUUCAAUGGAUUAAAUACUGUUUUGCAUGCAACAAUGUCCCAAGUAGAUAAUUAGAUAGUGAUCAACAGCAUGUUAUAGGUUUUUAAUAACUUUUGCCAUUAAUUGAACACACAAUUUAAUCAAUACUUCAGACCUGUAGGGGGUCCAAUAAAAUGUUCUACAUUGUAAAUCUCCUGUUUAAUCCAUUUACCCCAUAGGUUUUAAUAGGCUAUUAAUUAUGAUGUAAAAUUUUAGAUGCCAGUAUUUAAAGUACCCAGAAGUUGUCAAAACUCAGUUUGGAUUAAGAAUUUUAUCAGCAUUUAAAAAAAAAGUGUUCCUGUUCUGAUAAAAUAACAUGGUGAAAAGGUGUUAAGAGAUUUUUAAGUGAAAUUUUAUUAACAUUACCUGUCAUCUUACCGGUGCUAGAAAUUUUAAGUCUGUCAGUUUUUUUUAAAACAAGUGGAACAUUAAGAAGUUUUAAGACAGAAAUAUCUUUAUCUCGCAGUCUGGGGAAGAAAAAGGGGUUAGUGUUUGUUUUGGUCAAACCAAGGUAUGAGUGAUUCCUCAGAAGUCACAGCCAUCUUCAGUAAACAGCCAUGAAAGCUGAGGUCAUAUUACGGAGGAGAGGAGAAAUAAAAGUUGACAAUGGAAACAUGGAAUUGAAUGUAGCAAUGGAAACUGAGCAGUAUUCCCCAUCAGACUUUAUCAAUCAUCUUGUAUCAGAUGAGAGACAGGCACAUACAAGUUCCCCAGAUGAUAAAUCUUUGGCAAGCAGGCAGUCAGGAACUAAGCUGUCCCCGCAAACUGUUAUUCGACCCAUUCCCAUAAUGCCAGUUGACACCUCCGUUUAUACCAGACCACCAACCUACAUAGACAACAUACCAUCAGCAGUCACAGUCCCAGUGAUGCAUGCCUCACUUCUAGCUGGUCAUUUAGUGAAAAAUAGUGUACUGACCAUACCUGCGAACCAGGACAUAGAAGUCAGUUCAGCGUCAAAUUCAGUGAUACAGCCUAACAUCAGUUCUGAUAGCAUGUUACAGAAUACCCAUGAUCUGCUGAACUGCAAAUGGCUUAACUGCCAGCAGCAGUUUAGCUCUAUGGAUGACUUGGUAAUGCAUGUCAAUGAUCACCAUGUACGUGUAGAACGCCCUGAUGUAGAAUAUCAAUGUAAAUGGGGUGGAUGUCCUAGAAAAGGAAAAGGAUUCAAUGCAAGGUACAAAAUGUUAAUUCACAUCCGUACGCAUACCAAUGAGAAGCCACAUAAAUGUUCACGAUGUGGGAAAUCUUUUUCACGGUUGGAAAACCUCAAAAUUCAUAUGCGAUCUCAUACAGGUGAAAAGCCAUAUACAUGCCCAUUUGAAGGCUGCAACAAGGCUUAUUCAAACUCUAGUGACAGAUUCAAACAUGUGCGGACCCACCAAGAGGACAAGCCUUACAUCUGUAAGAUGCCAGGUUGCAGCAAACGCUAUACAGAUCCAAGUUCACUUAGAAAACACGUUAGAACUCAUGGGCAUCAUUAUAAAGAUGCAACUCGGGAGGUGACAAGUUUUUCUUCAGACCCCAGUGUAGUUCAAGAAAACAGUAUUGAAACAUUAAGAACUAACAUUAGUCAUUCCUGUACAGAUGUAGCUGGAAAUAUGCCUGCGGAAAUGACAAAUUCAGGAAGUAAACCGUUGGUUACAGUUUCUAAUCACCAAGGUUCUGGUAUUAGAUUGAUUAAUAUCUCUAGUCUCAUUUCAAAUCCGCUGCUUUCUUCUACAAUAAUUCCAAUCACAACUCAAGAAUUAGCAUCACACACUGAUAUACCGAUGUCAAUAACAGUUAAAUCACCAUCUGUAAACGCUCUUACAAAUAUUCGUCAGUAUGAAAGCGUAAGAAUGAUUUCACCAAAGAGUCAAGAAUCUCCACUAGAUCUUUCAACUUGUUCUAAUUCUGAAUCUUGUGGAACAGAAGCAGAAAGUUCAGCUUCCCAGCAGAGUCCAAAGUUUGAAACAGUGACUCCAGAGAUUGGAAGGUGGGAGAUUAUUCACAUGUCAUCUUAACCCUUAUCGUGCUUAACACGACUGAUUCUGCCUUUGGGACCAGUGUAGAUCAUGAUCAGCCUGCACAUCCAUGCAGUCUUAUCAUGAUCUGCACUGUUUGCUAUUCAGUCAGAAUGAUUUUGGUAAGCACCCCUUUUAACAGUUAAUGGUACUGUCCAAAUUGAAAGAUGGACAAGUUCAUUAUAGAAAUUUAGCGGGGUUUAGGUUGCAUCUACUGUUUGAUUUACCAAUUCUGUAGCAGGUUUUUUUUUAUUUCUUUAUUUUCCAAGAAUCAAAUGUAAAGUUAUUCAUCUUUCUAAAGGUCACUAGAGAGAGUAGAAGGAAAUUUCUGAAUUUUAGAAAUAUCUACGGUGAUCUUAAGUUCAUAGUCAGUGAUGUCAUUUUUAAAUUUAUAGCUAAUUCAUGUGUAAAAUUCACAGCCUGUGUCCUGAAAGUUUAGUAAAAAUGCAACAAUGCUUUUAGUCAGAAUCGCAAUUUUUGAAAAACUUCUGCCCAAAAAGGCAAAAUGGCUGGAAUUCAUAAUGAAAAAAAAAAUCCUGUCAUAAACAAAACCAAUGAAGGAUCUGUUUUAUAAAAUUUGAAAGUGCCUAUUGUUAACCAUUUUUUAUACGCCCGUUUGAAAAACGGGACGUAUUAUGGGAACGCCCCUGGCGGGCGGGUGGGCGGGAUGGCGGGCGGGCGGGCGGCGUCCACAGACUUUGUCCGGAGCAUAUCUUCUACAUGCAUGGAGGGAUUUUGAUGAAACUUGGCACAGUUGUUCACCAUCAUGAGACAGAGUGUCAUGCGCAAGAACCAGGUCCCUAGGUCUAAGGUCAAGGUCACACUAGAGGUCAAAGGUCAAAUUCAAGAAUGACUUUGUCCGGAGCAUAUCUUCUUCAUGCAUGGAGGGAUUUUGAUGAAAGUUGGCACAGUUGUUCAUCAUCAUGAGACGGAGUGUCAUGCGCAAGAACCAGGUCCCUAGGUCUAAGGUCAAGGUCACACUUAGAGGUCAAAGGACACAAGAAAGAAAACUUUGUCCGGAGCAUAUCUUCUUCAUGCAUAGAGGGAUUUUGAUAUAACUUGGCACAAAUGUUCACCACCACGAGGCGGAGUGUCAUGCGCAAGAACCAGGUCCCUAGGUCUAAGGUCAAGGUCACACUUAGAGGUCAAAGGAUACAAGAAUGAAAACCUUGUCCGGAGCAUUUCUUCUUCAUGCAUAGAGGGAUUUUGAUAUAACUUGGCACAAAUGUUCACCACCACAAGACGGAGUGUCAUGCACAAGCACCAGGUCCCUAGGUCUAAGGUCAAGGUCACACUUAGAGGCCAAAGGUCAGAUACAAGAAUGACUUUGUCCGAAGCAUUUCUUCUUCAUGCAUGGAGGGAUUUUGAUGUAACUUGGCACAAUUAUACACCAUCAUGAGACGAAGUGUCAUGCGCAGUUCCCUUUUUAGAAUUACUUCCCUUUGUUGUUACUAUAAAUAGCUUAUAUUGUAACUUUUUCAUUACUAGUCGUAGGGAAAAAUCGAGACCACUUUUUUUGUAGUACAACAUGCAUGCUACAUCCAAUUAUGAGGUGUAUUUUGACCAAUCUCUACCUGGUAAAGAUUUUUGUGUGGACUUACAAUUUUUUUUUGGAUUUUUUUUUUUUUUUUUUUUUUUCUUUAAAGAUUACCUUCCCUUAGUUGUUCCUAUAAAUAACUUAUAUUGUAACUUUUUUAUAAUUGACCGUAGGGAAAAAACAAGACCACUUUUCUGUGGUACAACAUAGAUGUUACUUUCAAAUUUUAGGUGUAUUGUAAGGUAUCUCUACCUGGUAAGGAGUUUUUUAGUGGACUUAGAAAAACAAAAGACUUACAAUGAUUACUAAACAACCACAAAAUUAAAAUUCCAUUUGCAAAUACAGGUGCUAGAGUAAAGAAAUUUGCUGUGACGGGCGUAUAUUGUGACAUUCUGGCACUCUUGUUCAGUUAUUGAGACCAGUGUACAGUAUCCAUGUGCAUGCCCACCCUCCAACUUUGAAGAAGUGGGGGUAUAUGCAAGUAAUUUGAUAACCACAUGACCCAGGACCUUCAAACUUAGUAGCAUGAUUGGGCUUAUGAAGUAGAUGGCACUUAUAGUGUUUUUUGGUCAAGUAGGUUAAAGGUCAAGGUGAUAGGACCCGAACCGUGAAACCAGUUUCCACCCAGUAACUUGAAAAUCACUUGACACAGGACCUUCAAUCAUUUUUGCUUGAUUAGGCUUAUGGAGUAGAUGACCCCUAUUGUUUGUCUAGGUCACAGGUGCCUGAAAACGGUUCCCCCAAUUACUUGAGAACCACUUGACCCAGGACCUUCAAACUUGGUAGCAUGAAAUAGAUAAUCAGUAAUGUGUUUGGGGUCAUUAGAUCAAAUGUCAAGAUAGCAGGGGCCUGAAACUUGGGACACCAUUUCCACUCAAUAACUUGAGAACCACUUAGUUCAAGACCUUUAAACUUGAUAGCAUGAUUGGGCAUUUGAAGUAGAUGGCCACAUGUUUUUGGGGUCAGUAGGUCAAAGUCAAGGUUACAGGGGCCAGAACCACGAAAAUGGUUUCUGCUUACUAAUUUGUGAAACGUUUGAUCCAGAACCCUCAAACUUGGUGGCAUGAUUGGGAUUAUGGAGUAAAUGACCUUAAUUGUUGUUUGGCUCAGUAGGUCAAGGUUAAGGAUGGAUGAAUACAUAUUUUGAAUUAAGCACUGGCUUUUUUAAUGAACUUGCAGUCGAUAAAAAGAAACUUCAACUUGCAUAUAACCCGCCUUUAAAUAAGACUUUCUAAAUCUGGUCAAAGAUGGUAAAUGUUGAUGUUUUACAUUGUCACUAUUGGCAUUAAUAGUAGAUAUAUUACCUAGCUAUGUUAUUGCAUUAGAGGUUAUACAGUAGUAAAAAAAAAAUACUAUAUAACCUAUACAGAAUAAACAAACUUUUGAGGGCUGUAGUACAUAUCCAGGCCCAUUUUAAAUAAGAAUUACUUACCUUAUGUUCAUAAAUGACCUUUAAACAACAAAAAAUAUCAAAAAAGGUAGGGGUCAUGUAUCUCCUAAGAGAGAUUUUUUUGUCUGACAUGUUACAUGAUUGUGUAAUUUGGUUUGUUUACAUUUUUAUAUAAUCCAAAAAUCUACUUGAAAGUGCUACUAAAUUGUCAGACAUAGAUCCACAAUGAAAGAAAAACAGAAAAUGGAUUACUUAAAACAUGAAAAUGCCAUCUUUACUGGUAAAAAAAGGAGGAUUUCUUUCUUUCCGCCACUAUCUGACUAGCCCGGAAGUGCUGUUUGAUUAGCUAUUUACUACUAUUGUUCCUUAGAAUGUCAUGAAAUGAAGUUCUUAGACACCAGGGCAUUCGUUUGUAUUGAAACCUCAAUGUGCCACAUAGUAUUGAUUGGCCGAUGGAGAAAGUUAUUUACUGGCCUUUUUUUCUCAUGUCUUGUUACGGUACUGUAAAAUCAGAACUUUUCACAAAGAAUGAACAUUGGCUAUAUUCCUUGCCAGUAUUCAUGGAAAUAAAAACUCACGUAAGUGAUGUAAUUAUCAUGAAUAACCCUGUAUAUUUCACAAAUUGGUCGUUGCCAAUAUUUUACAUCGCUUACUCUUCCUAUUAUAUUUAGGACAGCAAAUUUUUUGCCUUGUGAAAAUAUCUGAUUUUUGCAGUAUGUCAUUGUUGAAAUUUUCAUCACAGAGCUAAAUCAUGAAAUGGUUUGCAUAAUUACAUAGUGAAUGUAUGCAUAUUACAUAGUGAAUGUAUGCAUAAUUACUUAGUGAAUGUAUUACAUCAGAAAUUAUUUUAAAAAUCUUGAAAAAUUGUACUUUUUAGGAGAAAUGUUGUGUAUGUUUCUGUUCAAAAUAGAUUAUUUAAAUGUUCAUGAAGUGUUUACCCAAACUGUGAUAUCUUACUGUUAUAUAUAAAUUGUUGUAUUGAAUAAAUGUUCAAUCAGUGUUC